GCAAAUUUAAUAGCGAGACGGGAGCGCGCAGCUGAGAGCCGGAGACUGGGCUGCUGCGGUUAGUCCUCUCCCGGCCGCCGUCGCCUCCGACAUAUUGCCCGCAGGAGCUGCGGCGGCGAAACGGAGAGCGCCGGGGGGAGGAGAUGGGAGGACGAAGAGGUCCCAAUAGGACAUCUUACUGUCGAAAUCCACUCUGUGAGCCAGGAUCCUCAGGAGGCUCUGGUGGGGGCCACACUUCCAGUGCAUCAGUGACCAGUGUCCGUUCCCGCACCAGGAGCAGUUCUGGGACAGGCCUUGCCAGUCCUCCACUGGCCACCCAAACAGUUGUGCCUCUGCAGCACUGCAAGAUCCCGGACCUGCCCGUCCAGGCCAGCGUUCUAUUUGAAUUACAGCUUUUUUUCUGCCAGCUCAUAGCCCUUUUUGUCCACUACAUCAACAUCUACAAGACAGUGUGGUGGUACCCGCCUUCCCACCCACCAUCCCACACCUCCUUGAAUUUCCACCUGAUCGACUUCAACUUGCUGAUGGUGACUACCAUUGUUCUGGGCCGUCGCUUCAUUGGGUCCAUCGUGAAGGAGGCUUCUCAGCGGGGAAAGGUCUCCCUCUUUCGCUCCAUCCUGCUGUUCCUCACCCGCUUCACCGUUCUCACGGCAACAGGCUGGAGUCUGUGCCGAUCCCUCAUCCACCUCUUCAGGACCUACUCCUUCCUGAACCUCCUGUUCCUCUGCUAUCCGUUUGGGAUGUACAUUCCAUUCCUACAGCUGAACUGUGAUCUCCGCAAGACAAACCUCUUAAGCCACGUGGCCUCCAUGGGGCCCCGGGAGGCAGUGAGUGGCCUGGCAAGGAGUCGGGAUUACCUGCUGACACUACGGGAGACAUGGAAACAGCAUACGCGACAACUGUAUGGCCCAGAAGCUAUGCCCACCCAUGCCUGCUGCCUGUCACCCAGCCUCAUCCGCAGUGAAGUGGAGUUCCUCAAGAUGGAUUUCAACUGGCGAAUGAAAGAAGUGCUUGUCAGUUCCAUGCUGAGUGCCUAUUAUGUGGCCUUUGUGCCUGUCUGGUUUGUGAAGAACACACAUUACUAUGACAAGCGUUGGUCCUGUGAGCUCUUCCUGCUGGUGUCCAUCAGCACCUCAGUGAUCCUCAUGCAGCACCUACUGCCUGCCAGUUACUGCGACCUGCUGCACAAGGCUGCUGCCCAUUUGGGCUGCUGGCAGAAGGUGGACCCAGCCCUGUGCUCCAACGUACUGCAGCAUCCGUGGACUGAAGAAUGCAUGUGGCCACAGGGUGUGCUAGUGAAACACAGCAAGAAUGUCUACAAAGCAGUUGGCCACUAUAACGUGGCCAUCCCCUCUGAUGUCUCCCACUUCCGGUUCCACUUCUUUUUCAGCAAACCCCUGAGGAUCCUCAACAUCCUCCUGCUGCUGGAGGGCGCUGUCAUUGUCUACCAGCUGUACUCCUUAAUGUCCUCUGAAAAGUGGCACCAGACCAUCUCACUGGCUCUCAUCCUCUUCAGCAACUACUAUGCCUUCUUCAAGCUGCUACGGGACCGCCUGGUAUUGGGCAAGGCCUACUCGUACUCAGCCAGCCCCCAGAGAGACCUGGACCAUCGGUUCUCCUGAGCACCCAGGUGACCUCAGGGACAGCAUCCAGGCUUCGGCCAGGGACUCCCUGGCAAGGGGCUGUUGCAGAAUUGAAUAGGGAGAAAAACUAAAACAAACAAAAAAAAACCCACCAGAGCUUUGUAUUUUUGUUACGUACUGUUUCUUUGAUAAUUGAUGUGAUAAAAAGAAAAAAAGUCUUAUUUUUAUACUCCCAACAA